AUGUUUAUAGUACCUAGUAUAGGUAUAGCUUUGCGCGUUGCGCGCGCACACCAUCUGUCCGAUGCUCAACCGACCGAUUAUGGCGGACAGGCAGUGAAGAAUGUUUGCCGUCUUUUCUAAAUCGAAGAAUAUCGAUAGCAGCCAAUGGCAUAAACCGGGUGUUUUGUAAAAAUUGUACAUUGUAAAUAGUUCUGUGUACAUAUAGUAAUUAUAUUUGUGCUCGUUUUUGUUUAGAAUUUGUGUGAAUAGUGUAUUAUUUGAGUGUUUAUUCAGUUCAGUUUUCGACGCCGACAAACCGAAACCUUGAAGAUAGUUAUUGGAGAACAUAAUAAAUCGACCUUCUGAAUUCAAUACCUAAUCCUCUAACUUUAUUUGGAAGCCAAUGUUGAUUUCUUUCCACAUCUUUGUGUUUCGAUCCAUCGAGGAAACUGCAGUACUUACUUACACCUACUUGCAAUAUUUUGGUUUUCAAUAGCGGCUGUCAUCGUGUUUCGAUAACUACUAACUGCCAUUUCAAAGACAAAAAGACUGCUGUUGUCGCUAAAUGCCUUUGAUGUUUACUCCUCGUUUAAACUUCAUUUGAUGAUGUAAAUCGAUUUUGCUUUACAUCUACUUGUUUGAGAGGUGUCGUAUAGUGACAAAGGCGUCGGGAAAUCUUUCGAUUUGAUUGUGAAGGAUCGAAGUGAAGUGGAACUGAAUGCUCGAACCUCACGGUAGCCCAAUGAAGUGGCCGGGCUCGGGAGCGGAAGAAGAGGCGGGCGAAGCAGGGUUGCAGAGCGCGCGCGCCUCGCAAGCCCGCACCCAGGAUGAUGUCGCUGUUCAUUAUGUAUUCCAGCGCGAACCUCAAGAGGCAGAGUUGCCCUCGCUAGCGCCCAAACAACGCUGGGCAGUCGGCGACGACUCUAUCAACGAGAAUCAAGAUAAAUGGAAGAAUCCCACACCAAUUGCAAUGAGUAAUAUGCAUCAACAAGGUUCAGCAGUACAGUUAAAGAAUUCUCAAACCCAGCAACAAUUCAUAAAUCAAGCCAUAGCAUCGUCAGUCGGUACUCUGGCAAUCAAUCCAUCUGUUAUCGGUAGCCACCCUGCCCAUUUGACUACAAACAUGGUCCAUACACAAUUGGCACCAUUACAAAACCAUACUCUGGGAAACAGUGCUAUGAUGCUCCCACCCUUGCAAGGCAUGCAGAACGCUCCUCAGCUAGGCCAACAAGGACUAUAUGAUAUGCACCAACACCAUGGCAAUCCGAUGCCUGCUAUGAACGGUAUAGGCAAAAGUGCUGAGCAUCUGAUGUAUUUGGGCCAACCUGGAAUGCUUGCACCAGGGACCAACCAGUUCCUGCAGCAAGGGCAAAAUCAACUCGGCCUUACACCUGUAGCUGCCAUCAGAAAUCAGAUUGCACCUGCUGCAAAAAAGCUCUGGGACAAAGGCCCUGGCGCUGGAGGAGACAGUAAGGGACCUCCUCAUUUGCCACCACUGCAGCUCAACCCGGAGCAAAUGUGGCGUGACCCCACCUGGUCUGCUCAAGCUGUGGAGCACAAUGUCGGUGUUCCGAUGAUGGGCACACGGCGCGGCGUCGCUUUUCCUGGCGGCGACGCCGGGUGCAUCCUGUCGCCUCGUGACGCGGCCGGUCUUGGUGUCAAGAUGGUGGAGUAUGUCCUGGGAGGAUCUCCCACUGAAGCAGGUGGCGUCGCGACCGGCGGCGGCGGCGAGAAGGUGGCCGGCGUGGUGGCGGGGCUCCGCGGCAUGGUACUGGAGGAACGCGCCGAGGACAAGUCUGCCUCGCCAUUUGAUAAGGAUCUGCAUGAGCUACAUGAACAUGCUUUACCCAACGGGCUGCACAACGGCCAAGAAGAUGAUAAGGCUUUUAACCGGACGCCGGGCUCGCGCCAGCCGUCGCCCGCCGAGGAGGAGGCGGGCGCGCACGCGGGCGGCGCGGCGCGCAACGGCGACGCGGCCGCCUUCCCGCUGCUGCCGCCGCACGCGCUGCCGCAGCCGCAGCCGCUGCACCAUCUGCCGCAUCUCUCGCACCCGCAGCAUCAUCCUGGCAUGCUCGGUGUCGCUCCCUUACAAGGGUUACCGCAUCCGCAGCACCCACAAAUACAUCCUGGUAUGACAUUGAACGACUCUAUGAAUCAACACCUCGAACUCGUUUUACAAAUGGAACAACACCCUCAGUUUGACAGCAACAGUUUUGCAAGUACUCAACAGUACGGCGGCGGUGUCGGCGGCGUCGGCGGCGUGGGCGGUGUGGGCGGCGUGAGCGGCGUGGGCGGCGCGGCGGGCGCGGGCGGCGUGUCGGGCGGCGGCGCGCUCGUCAACGGCGGCUCCGUCGUGCAGGCCGCGCCCGACUCCGCCCAGCACCAUCAGCCCUUCGACGUUCAGCAAUUAUUCCGGUCACAACAAGCGGCAGCGGCGGGCGGGCAGGCGGCGGCGGCACAACUACAGCUGCUUCAGCAGCAACAGCAACAACAAUUUCAGUUGCAACAACAGUUGGCCGCCCAACAGGCCUUCACCCAAGCACCGUAUGUGAUAAAUGCCGGACAAGAGGGUGCGCCGUACGUGAGCGCGUUGAUAGCGGGCGUGCCACCUCAGGCGUAUUACGGCGUCGCGGCGCCAUGGGGCAUGUACCCGAGCCUGGUGGCGCAGCCCGCGCAACAACAGGCGCAGCAGCCGAGACGGCCGCUGACUCCCCAGCAGGGGGAGCAGCAGGUGAAUGGACAGGGCCAGUACGUGAUACCAUACUACGACGCCGGGUCAGCACUGGUGAUGAGCGGGCGCAAUGGCACUCCGCUGCGGCUGGUGUCGCCGGGCGGCGUUUUGGCGCAGCGUCAGUACCAGCCCGCGCCCACGCACCCCGCCGCCUCGGCCGCGCCGCCUGCGCCCGCGCAGCAACCGCAACAAGCGCUGCCUGGCGCAGGCGGGCGCCGGGACUCGCUGGAGUUCGGCGGCGGCGGGCCCGCGGCGGCGCUGCAGGAGUACGCGCGCAAGUGGGGGCCCUCGCCGCUGUCGCCCACGCUGCAGCCCGCGCUGGGGCCCGUGGGGCUCCGGCCCGUGUCCGCCGCGCCCGGCGCAGAGACUGCCAAGUACAGAGCUGUGAGCAGCUUAGCCCAAGGUCUCACGUCAAAUGGAAUGUUCGGAUCUUCAUCUUCGUUACUCAGCAAACUCAGCGGAGUGGGAACUAUCUCAGAACUAGUCGGCGCCGGGGUGGGAAGCGUGAGCGGGGUUGGCGUGGGCGUGGGCGGCGUGGGCGUGGGCGCGCUGGUGGCUGACAAACCGCCCGCCGGCCGCUCGCGCCUUCUCGAAGACUUCAGAAACAACCGCUUCCCCAACCUACAGCUCCGCGACCUGGCCAACCACAUCGUAGAAUUCUCACAGGAUCAGCACGGAUCUAGGUUUAUACAACAAAAGUUAGAAAGAGCAACAGUUCAAGAAAAGCAAAUGGUGUUUAACGAAAUUAUUGGCGCCGCAUACAAUCUCAUGACGGACGUCUUCGGCAAUUACGUGAUACAAAAGUUUUUUGAAUUUGGAACCGCUGAACAGAAAACGACUUUGGCACAGAAGGUCCGAGGUCACGUGCUAGCACUUGCACUUCAAAUGUACGGGUGCCGCGUGAUCCAGAAGGCGCUGGAGUCCAUCCCGGCCGAGCAGCAGCAGGAGGUCGUGCGCGAGCUCGACGGACACGUGCUCAAGUGCGUCAAGGACCAGAACGGGAACCAUGUGGUACAAAAGUGCAUCGAGUGCGUCGAACCGACGGCAUUACAAUUCAUCAUAAACGCGUUCGCGGGGCAGGUGUACGCCCUGUCAACGCACCCGUACGGCUGUCGCGUCAUACAGCGCAUCCUCGAGCACUGCACCGCCGAGCAGACCGCGCCCGUGCUCGCCGAGCUGCACUCGCACACCGACCAGCUCAUACAGGACCAGUACGGCAACUACGUUAUCCAGCACGUACUGGAGCACGGCGCGGCGGAGGACCGCUCGCGGCUGGUGGCGGCGGUGCGCGGGAAGGUGCUGCAGCUCUCGCAGCACAAGUUCGCGUCCAACGUCGUGGAGAAGUGCGUCUGCCACGCCACGCGCACCGAGCGCGCGUUGCUCAUCGACGAGCUCUGCGGCUUCAACGACAAUCGUUCGUUCCUCAGCGCGCUGCACGUGAUGAUGAAGGACCAGUACGCCAACUACGUGGUGCAGAAGAUGAUCGACGUGGCCGAGCCCACGCAGCGCAAGGUGCUGAUGCACAAGAUCCGGCCGCACAUCGGCUCGCUGCGCAAGUACACGUACGGCAAGCACAUCAUCGCCAAGCUGGAGAAGUUCUUCAUGAAGGCGCCGGAGCUGGGCCCCAUCGGGCCGCCGCCGCCCGGCGCCGUGCUGUAAGCUCGCGGCCCCGACGCGACGGCGCGGGCGACUCCGCCUAUUAUAAAUUUUGUGAAUAUUCCCAUUGUACAUUUGUAACUAUAGAGCGGCGCCCUGUACAUAUAGCGGCAGACUGAUGUACAGACAAACCGUAACUGUAUACUGUAACCAUAGUUGUACAGCGCCGACCGAUCGCUCGGCCGUCGCCUCACCGCGGCGUAGCGUUUAUUGCGUUUCUAGCUCUAAGUGUUCUAGUAUUAUUCGUUGUUCGUAUGAAUCUAUGUAUAAAUAUUUGAACGUCUCAUUCUCGUGUAAUUUAUGAAUCGAAGGAAAGCGAGCGGUCGAUGAACCCGUGCGUUUCCGUAAUGUAGUGCGUUGUAGAUUUACUAUUAGCUGGGCUAGGGGACCUUGAAUCUUCUAAAGUGAGGAAGAAAUGCCGCAGGCAGUUCUAGACAAUCGGCACUAUAGUCGUGAUUCUAAUAAUAUUGUUUUGUACUAUUCAAGUCAGCUCUCGUUUAAGUUUAAAACCGGCUUUAAAUCGUACAUAGCUUAUCGAAUUGUUUAGUGCCGGAAUGUAUAGUUUGUCGAUUAUAAUUUUGUGAAAAUGAUAUUUUUGUAUAUUUUUAUGUGUAUAAGUUAUUUAGUUAGUUAGUCUCCGUGAGUCCGGAGCGAGCGCUUAUCGAGUGAACGAUGCUUAUGUUAGUGUAGAAAUGUUAGCUGUUAGGUUAUAGUGAUGAUUGUAAAGUCCUGUACUGAUAGUUGUAGUUCCGAGGUCUACCUUCUGCCGGUCGCACGUCACAAGCGUAGCUGCUCCUCAUUCCCCGUGUAAAAUUUUAUAGGAAGCGUAGUUUCCUACAUCACCUCAGAUUUUUUACGUCUAGAUUGUAAUUGAAAAUAAAAUUAUUGUAUAUGGCUGUACAAAAAUGUUAACAAAAUGAUUUGUAAAACCUGUAUGUGAUGGAAUAAGGCGAGGCGUCAGAGGUGGCGAGGUCAGACUGAGCACCGCGUCGGUCGCCUCGCCCGUAGGUUGUACUAGAUAACAUUUAUAUGAUGAUCCAUAUAUUAGACAUUAAUUAUAAUAAAGCAUUUCUGUAAUAAUAUUACAAAGAA